GUCCAGCGUUUAGUUUGUUGUCCGCACUGUCCCGAUCUACCUGUCAAGCUCGUGAGUCGUGACAGACAAACCUUCAAAAAUAUCCCGCUCUCUAUUAUUACUCUCCCUCUCUCUCUUCCCCCAUAAAUCCAUUCUCCUCUCAUUUCUGCAAGAAACCAGACACCCCCCCGAUCUUGCCGAUUCAUCAUGAGGGAGAUUCUUCACGUACAAGGAGGCCAAUGCGGCAACCAAAUCGGCUCAAAGUUUUGGGAGGUCAUCUGCGAUGAGCACGGCGUUGAUCCUACCGGAAGGUACCAGGGAGACGGAUCCUCCGAUCUUCAACUGGAGCGCAUCAAUGUGUAUUACAAUGAGGCCUCUGGUGGCAGGUACGUGCCUCGGGCUGUUCUUAUGGAUCUUGAACCUGGUACCAUGGAUAGUAUCAGAUCCGGUCCCUAUGGCCAGAUCUUCAGGCCCGAUAACUUUGUGUUCGGGCAGUCUGGUGCUGGAAACAACUGGGCCAAAGGUCAUUACACUGAGGGAGCGGAGCUGAUCGACGCUGUUCUUGAUGUUGUUCGCAAGGAGGCGGAGAAUUGUGAUUGCCUGCAAGGUUCUGCUGGAGUUUCUGGAUCAUUUCGAAGAUUUAUGGCUCUUGAUGACCAUUAAUUCUCCUGGUAUGGUAUAUUGUGCUAUGAACCUUCGUUUUGAGCUGGUUCUAGUUUAACUUCGAAGUGAUGAACAAUCGUGUUUACAGAAAAUGCUAUUAUUUCAUGAAAUAAAAACUCUGAAUGAUUCGAUCUUUUGGUAAUUGUAGUUAAUUUCUUCUUCUUUGGCUACCAAUCAUGAAUUUGGAAUAUGAUUGGCAUUAUUCACUGUGGAUGUGAUGUGCAAGGGCUGGCCUGCAUGUUUCCCACUGCCAUCCUUUGUGUUUAAUCAAAUGUUUGUUUCUUC